AUCAAUUCAUUAGACGUUUCUCUAUAUUGACGUAAAACCAACCAGAUAAGGCCGAUUAAUAGAAAAAAACAAUUUUAAUCGCGACUUUUUCUAUUUAAAGCCGUUAGAAUAAAUUUUUAUAUUCCUGAGAUAGUCGCAAUUAAAAAGUGUGUGAACCAAAGUAAUAUUUUGAAAUGGCUGCAUCUGCAAGACUAUUUUCUCGGUUUAAAGAUAGUUUUACAACAAGCGUUCGUUUCGCGAGCUAUGAAUCGACACGAAAAAAUCUUAAGUUAAAUUCGAACUCAAAAGUGAUUUGUCAAGGUUUUACGGGCAAACAAGGCACCUUUCAUUCCCAACAAGCUAUAGAAUAUGGCACAAAAUUAGUUGGCGGAGUUUCUCCUGGCAAGGGUGGCCGCACUCAUCUGGAUCUUCCAGUAUUUAAUACUGUUAAAGAUGCGAAAGCGGCAACAGGCGCAGAUGCCACUGUAAUCUAUGUACCACCUCCUGGUGCAGCUAAAGCUAUAAUAGAAGCGAUUGAAGCAGAGAUGCCAUUAGUUGUAUGCAUUACAGAAGGUGUUCCACAGCAUGAUAUGGUGAAAGUGAAACAUGCUCUUCUUGCGCAAGACAAAUCUCGCUUAGUAGGCCCAAACUGCCCAGGAAUCAUCGCUCCAGAACAAUGCAAAAUUGGAAUAAUGCCCGGACAUAUUCAUAAACGAGGUAAAAUCGGAGUGGUUUCUCGUUCGGGAACGCUGACGUAUGAAGCAGUUCACCAAACUACCGAAGUUGGCUUGGGUCAAACACUCUGUGUCGGCAUCGGAGGCGAUCCAUUUAAUGGCACCGACUUUAUUGACUGCCUUGAAGUGUUUAUAAAAGACCCCGAAACUAAGGGUAUAAUAUUAAUUGGUGAGAUCGGUGGUGUUGCAGAAGAAAAGGCUGCAGAUUAUCUGAUGCAAUAUAAUCAGGGUAUCAAAGCCAAACCAGUUGUUUCGUUUAUUGCCGGAUUAUCUGCGCCACCAGGACGUCGCAUGGGUCAUGCUGGAGCAAUCAUCUCGGGUGGCAAAGGUGGCGCACAAGAUAAAAUAAAUGCUCUGGAAAAAGCUGGUGUCAUCGUUACAAGAAGUCCUGCUCAAAUGGGCAAAGAAUUACAUAAGGAAAUGAAGAGACUAGAACUUGCCUAAAUAUCCUGUGCAACGCAAAAGUGAAUAUACAGCCUAGAACACGCAUGGAUCAAUUUUCAUGAUAAUAAGGUCUUUGUUUUAUUUACAAUAAAUUAUUUCGCAUCGAUAUAUCGUUAUUAGAAGUGAACUUUUGUUAUCAUAUUGAAACGUGUCACUCAAAAGUGUUACGAAAAUUCUGAAUUCAAAAUUAUCAUUUUUUUUAAUGUUAUAAAAUAUACAUUUUGGUAAAUGUAUCAUGACACACACUGCUAAUGACAUUGGAUGUAACAAAAAAUUAAAUGUGUGAAAGAUUCAAAAUAAUAACUACUACUACCAUU